AUGCGAACUGCUUACCUUCUUUUCGUUGGAGCCCUUCUAGGCGUCUCAUACGCCAAACAUCAUCAUGCUGCUCGAGCUCCAAUCAUAAAUCUACAAGGAGCCGAAGAGCUGGUUGCUGUGGUGCGCGAGGACGAGAAUAUCAUCUCGACAGUGCCAGAUUUUGCGAUUCUCUCGGAAACCGGACCAGUCUGCAACUACAUUCUCACUUCGCAAAACAAUGAAAACGUUCCAUUCGAUAUCCAAGUCGUUGAUAAGUACACCGGAGCUGCUGUUCUUAGAGUCAAGGAUGCCGCUGUUCUUGAUUGCAAGAAGCCAGAAUACAAUCUCCAAGUUCAAGCAGUCAAGUGCGACAACGACAAUGUGAAAUCCGAGGGAGUCUCACUCAAGAUCCGUGUUAAGGACACCAACAACCACGCUCCGGAAAUCGAGAAUCCAUGGUACACAUUCCAUGUGGAAGAGGGAAAAGUCAUUGAUGAAGUCGGUGUGCUCAAAGCAUCUGACAAGGACUGUGGACAUCCUAACGGUGAAAUCUGUGAGUAUGAGAUCACCAACGGACUUAAGGAACUUCCAUUUGCGAUCAACAACCAAGGAGUUCUCCGUACCACUCAGCCACUCAACUUCACUCAAUCCAAGUCAUACAUCCUCACCGUGGUUGCUAUCGAUUGUGCCAUGCGCAAGAGCAAGAGUUCACUCGUCACAGUUCAUGUUGAUGAGAAAUGUGUCCAAGGAAUCACCGCAAUGAACGAGAGAGUGAACUAUGCUGCUGGAACCGGAUCCAAGCUUCUGCUCCCAGAUGUCGCUCUUGAAUUCUGUGAGAAGAAAUCUGUCUGCGAACCAAAGAGUAUUCAAUCCAUCAUUGAGCUCCGUGCUGGACACGUCACUCAAGGAUGCGCCAGGGAUACUGUCUACGACAAUCAGACCAUCCAAUCUUGCGGUCUUUCCACUGCCACCGUCAAGCUUCUCAACGAGGAAGCCCUCACCAGUUCCGCUGAAAAUCACAUUUUGGCAGACCAAGGAAUCGAGUUUGAUGGAGCCAGAGGAUUAACCGUCGAUGAUAAUGUUCAUCAGGGACUUAUUUCGGAUCACUUCACUUUGAGCUUCUCAAUGAAACAUGCCGCUGGAACCAAGGAUGAGCAGAGCAAUAAGCAGAACAUUCUCUGUGAAAGUGAUGAUUUCAACAUGAAUCGCCACCAUUUCUCUGUCUACAUACGUCACUGCAAAUUGGAGGUUGUUCUUCGUCGUGAAUCAGGAGCCACUGCUGAUUUCCGUGCUGCUGAAUGGCGUUGGUCAAUGCCAGAGGUGUGCGAUAACGAGUGGCAUUCGUACUCUCUUCUUUUCAAUGGAAUUGAUGAUGUUAAUGUUAUUGUUGAUGGAAAGAGCUUCAAGGCCGACGAGCGUAAUCCUGAGAUCCUUGACGACUGGCCGCUCCACAAGACCAAGGCAUCCAAGACGAAGCUUGUCGUCGGAGCAUGCUGGCACGGACGUCAACAGAAACUCGCUCAAUUCUUCCGCGGACAACUUUCAGCCAUCUAUCUUCUCUCCGGAGCUGUUGAGAGCGAGAGAGCCAUCAAGUGUGCUCACACCUGUCCAGAACAACUUCAAUUCACAGGAGUUGAUGAACUUCUUGAUGGACAGAGUGCCACGUUCUCUCCAGAUUUGACAACUCUCACCUUGAAGGCUGAGACUUCAAAGCAAAUGGGACAGAUGCUCAAGAGAAUUGCUUAUGUGAACACCCAAGAGAAGCCAACUCCAGGACAUCGUGCCUUUCACGUUGAGACUGAAGUCACAUGCAAGCAGGAUGACAAGAAGGUCAAGCUUCCACAAACCAAAGGAUACGUUUUCGUUCAACAAGCCGCCGAACCAACUCUUUCGAUCUCAGCUUCAUCCCAAUUGAAGAGCACCCAACACAUGGUGAAGGUCGGACAAGCCAUGGUUCCAGAUCUCACAAUCACCAUCAGCCAGAACAAUAUUGAUGGAGAGUUGGAAGACGUAACUCAAUCCCACAAGAUCGACUACUGUAAGAUGCACCUUCAACCUGCUCGUGACAUGGAUGUCGAGUAUUUCUCGUCUCCAGCCUCACUCAUCGCCGCCUUGAACAUCGAGUUCGAGCAUGACAAAGAUGGAAUUCUUCUCCGCGGUGAGGAAAGUGCUCAAGGAUACAAGGAAGUUCUCUCAAAGGUUCACUACUUCAACACUCGACCAGAAUCGUACGCCAAGAGAACGUACACUGUCCAGUGUGCCAUGCUCAAGGGACGAGUUCUCAGCAAUCAGCUGUUUGUCACGAUGACCAUCGAGGAAGUUACCACUACAACAACCACCACCACGGAAGCUCCAAUUCAAGCAGUUGAUCCGAUUCAGUUCAAUUUCAAUUCUGGAGAAACUGCUCUUGACAGCUUGGAGCUUAUCGAGCGUCACUUUGAGCCGGCUUUUGAUCAACUUGGAAGCUCAAGACUUCAGAACAUUCUGGAAAUGGAUCUUCCACGUCCAAAGGCGCUGCUCUCCCACCACGGAUACGAUGUCGGACAAGGAGCGAUCGCUGGUGGCGCCGUCGCCGUCGUCGUCGUUGUUUGUGUCGGUUUCCUUCUGGUGCUCCUCGUCAUCGGUGUGCUCAAAAUGCGCGAUACACCGAUGCCACGACGACGAAGACAGAAGAGACAGAGCGACGGAGGAAUGCAUUGGGAUGAUAGUGGCAUGAACAUCACUGUCAAUCCAUUGGACGACGUUGAGAAGAACGGCGGAGCUAUUGAUGAGUUCAGUGAUGAGGAAGAGGAAGAAGAAACCGAUGGAGAGAGCGAGUGCUCAUACCGCGAGGAGGACGAGGACGUUUCCGAGGAUGAGGAGGACCAAACCGAAGUUCUUCCGCAUAUGGAUGCCAAUCAACGCGUCGUUGGAGGUCUCGAGUGGGACGAUGAAGACGCCAUUUCGACAAAUGCUCGCUCGUAUCGUGUCUAA